UCUUUGGAAGUCCGCACCCUCACCUUUGCCGCUCGCAGAAACGCCCAAGAAGCAGAAACCCUCAAGAAGCCGGCAGGUCCGUCGUGUCACUUCCAGCCUUGCUCCGGACUCCUCCAAACCCCAGCCAGUUCGCUGCCUCUGGAGCCCACGGGCGGCCCCGUUCUGUGGGGCGCAUGGGGCGGCGCUAACUGGGCUGGCGGCACAGGCCAGGAGCCUCUCCAACAUGAACCUCGUGGGCAGCUACGCACACCAUCACCACCAUCACCACCCACACCCGGCGCACCCCAUGCUGCACGAACCCUUCCUCUUUGGUCCGGCCUCCCGUUGCCACCAGGAGCGGCCUUACUUCCAGAGCUGGCUGCUGAGCCCGGCUGAGGCUGCCCCCGAUUUCGCCGCCGGCGGGCCACCGCCUACCCCCGCAGUAGCGGCGGCUGCCUACGGUCCCGAUGCCAGGCCGGGUCAGAGCCCGGGGCGGCUGGAGGCUCUCGGAGGCCGCCUGCCCAGGCGAAAAGGCUCAGGACCCAAGAAGGAGCGGAGGCGCACGGAGAGCAUUAACAGCGCUUUCGCGGAGCUGCGUGAGUGCAUCCCCAACGUGCCCGCCGACACUAAGCUCUCCAAGAUCAAGACCUUGCGCCUGGCCACCAGCUACAUCGCCUACCUGAUGGACGUGCUGGCCAAGGAUGCGCAGGCGGGUGACCCCGAGGCCUUCAAGGCUGAACUCAAAAAGGCGGAUGGAGGCCGCGAGAGCAAGCGGAAAAGGGAGACGCCUCAGCACGAAGGCUUUCCUCCUGCCCUGGGGCCAGGCGAGAAGAGGAUUAAAGGGCGCACCGGCUGGCCUCAGCAAGUCUGGGCGCUGGAGCUAAACCAGUGAGACCAGGCCGGCGCCGAGGAGCGGGCCGCGGCUGGCCCCUCUGGCCACCUGGAGAGGCGAAGGAGGAACAGCCGAGGCCGGCCUCCCGGUCCCCCCAACCGCGCGCCUCGCCCCGGUCCCCGCGGAGCGCCGGCGGCGGCUGCAGCUACCCACCAGGAUGGCACGUGCAAUGUCCUUUGAAUUUGUUAAUACAAGUAAGAGAAAGAGAAAGUUAUAUAUAUUUUUCGCUUCCCGCCGAGGGCGGCUCUUGGAGGCUCCGAUGCAAGAAAAGAAGGGACUGCGGGAGCCCAGGCGCCCAAGGACGCGCCCUUCCAGACCCGUCUAGGCGGAACUCAGCCCCAAAGGCCGCGGUCGCGCGGCUCUCUGGUUCGGUCACUCCCGUCGCCCCUUCGGCUCUGCGUUAGCACCCCGGACACCUUCUUCUUGAGUUUUUUAAAAAAAAAUGCAAUAAGAGUAAUUGGUAGUUGCCUGCCAGGAAGACGGACGCUGCCUGGGUUGGUCUCCUCCACAGCGGUGUUUUUCCUCUUUGUCUCUGCACUUCCUACCUGGAGGGAAGGCGCUGCUUCCUUCUGUAGCACCUCUGCUUUCCGAGGGAAACAUCUCCCUUCCUUUUCCCUCCCCUCCCCUCUCCCCCCUCUCCUUUCUCCUUCCCCGUCUUCUCGGCCCCCUCUUCCCUUUCCUUCUUUCUCACUCCUCUCCUUUUCUUUCUAAACAAAAGCUUUCCCCUUCGUUGCCGAUUUUUUUUUAAAAACGUAUUUAAACUACCUAUGAUGCCUGCUGCUCUCAGGUAUACAACUCCCGGUCCCCACCCUCUUUUCUACCUCAAAUCCGUGUGCCCACUCGCAGCCCCAC